GCAGGCCUCCCUACCUUUCCGCGUGCCUGUCAGUCCCUCCUCGAUCCGAUCGGGGAAGGCGAAGGGAAUGUCGUCGUCGUCGGCCGAGCCGGCGGCUGAACAACACCACCGUCAUGCUGGUGGCAACAGCGGACCAGUGCCGCUCGCGGCUCUCAUAAAGGAAGAGGCCCGCACGGAGCGGCGCGCCGGCGCCGCGAGCAGUAUCUCUGGACAGGAGGACGGAGGGGUAGGAGGUGGAGUUGGGGAGGCGCCGACGCGCCGGCCGCUGCUGCGCUACGGGUGCGCCGCGCAGUCCAAGAAGGGCGAGGAUUUCUUCCUCCUCAGGACCGACUGCGCGCGCCCCUCCACUUCCUACUCCUCUCCAACCUCCUCGCACCAUCCCACCUUCGCCGUCUUCGCCGUUCUUGACGGACAUAACGGCAACGCUGCCGCGAUAUAUACAAGGGACAAUCUGCUCAACCAUGUCCUUAGCGCGAUGCCACGGGGGCUGUCCCGUAAUGAGUGGUUGCAUGCUCUGCCCCGUGCGCUUGUCUCUGGCUUCGUUAAGACAGACAAGGAAUUCCAAACCAAAGGUCAAACUUCUGGCACAACUGCCACAUUUGUUAUAAUCGACGGUUGGACUAUCACUGUUGCUUCAGUAGGUGAUUCUCGCUGUAUUUUGGAUGCUCAGGGUGGGUCUGUUUCUUUGCUCACAGUGGAUCACAGACUAGAAGAAAACGUCGAGGAGAGGGAGCGUGUCACAGCGAGUGGAGGUGAAGUUGGCAGGCUAAGUGUUGUUGGUGGGGCAGAGAUCGGCCCACUAAGAUGCUGGCCAGGAGGUUUAUGCUUAUCAAGAUCCAUUGGAGAUAUCGAUGUCGGUGAAUUUAUUGUACCUGUUCCUUAUGUCAAGCAAGUGAAGUUAUCAAAUGCUGGUGGGAGGCUUAUUAUUGCUUCAGACGGCAUUUGGGAUUCAUUGUCCUCAGAAGUAGCUGCGAAGUGUUGCAGAGGGUUGCCUGCUGAACUCGCUGCUAAGCAAAUAGUGAAGGAGGCGCUCAGGACCAGGGGCUUAAAAGAUGAUACAACCUGCGUAGUUGUUGACAUAAUCCCGCCUGAUCAAACGAUGCGGCUCCCAUCUCCACCGAAAAAGAUGAAUAAGAUCAAGUCUCUGAUAUUUAGAAAAAAAGGAAAGGUCAUGUCUAAUAAAUUGACUAAACAACUUUCUUCAGUGGGUAUGGUUGAAGAGAUAUUUGAAGAAGGUUCAGCGAUGCUCUCAGAGAGGUGCAGGUUAGGUAAUCACUCAAGUGGUCGGAGAACGUCAAGCUUGUUUACAUGUGCUAUCUGCCAGGUAGACCUUGAUCCAAGUGAAGGUAUAUCGGUUCAUGCUGGUUCGAAAUUCUCUUCCAGCUCUAAACCAUGGCAAAGCCCUUUCCUUUGUUCUGAUUGCCGCGACAAGAAGGAUGCCAUGGAAGGUAAACGGCCGAGUGGCGUCAAGGUUCUGUGAUGAGUUGCAGUCAAUCACCAUUGUAACUUCAGCAAACUCUUUCUUUUUUCAUUGUGAGCCCCCUUGUUUUACAAAAUUUUCCUUCAAUUUAGGCGACUUGCUUUAUAGGCUGCAUUUUUUUUCGUAAGGUGGGGAACUAGAUGAUAUUGUAAGUAGUACUGAGGAAAAGAUAUGUGAAGUUAGUGAAUAGUGUUCUGUUAUUAGGCAUGAGCUAACUACAUCUUGCUUCUCGCGAGUUGACUAUGAUAGUUCAUGAUUCUUUAUUUGUAAUUUAUUGGUCCCUUUGCUAGUGAAAUCUAUUCUUGCAUUUUUACCAA